GCAGCCAUCCCCACCAGCGCCAUUGUCUGCCCCACUGUCCCAGCCAUGGCAGGGAGUUCUAACGUGCCCCACAAGACCUCGCUGCCCGAGGGCAUCCGAGUGGGAACUGUGAUGAGGAUCCGUGGUGCCAUCCCAGAAAAGGCUGGCAGGUUCUAUGUGAACCUGCUGUGCAGCGAGGCCCCAGGGAGUGAGGCCGCUUUGCAUUUCAAUCCCCGCCUGGAUCAAUCCACGGUGGUCUUCAACACCCUGGAGCAGGGCACCUGGGGCCAAGAGGAGCGUGGCUCAGGCAUUCCCUUCCAGCACGGGCAGCCUUUCGAAGUGUUCCUUAUUGCCACGGAAGAAGGCUUCAAGGCGGUGGUCGGCGACUCGGAGUAUCACCACUUCCGCUACCGGAUCCCGCCGGCGCGCGUGCGCCUCUUGGAGGUGGGCGGGGACCUGCAGCUGGAUUCCGUGAAGAUCUUCUGAGACCGCCUCCCCAGGGGCUGGAGGCGCUGGGGUCCGGGAAUGGCAAAUAAAGUUUCGGCUCACGUCGGUGCGCCUGCUCC